GGGUGAUAAUAAAGAGCACAAUUUUGUAUUCAGCUCUAUGGUGUUCUUAUGAAAGUGCAAGUUAAUUGAUAAUGGGUGAAAGGAUACUGAUACCACUGUUGCUUUUCUUCAACUGUUUGCUCUUUGCAGUGGCACAAGAUAUUACCAAAGAUCUUGAAGUCCUGAAGUCUCUGAGUGAGUCUUGGCAAGGCCAACUUCAAAACUGGGAGGGUUCAGAUCCUUGCAGUUGGUAUGGCAUUAACUGCAGAAACUCACGAGUGGUUUCCAUAUCAUUGACAGAUAUUGGUUUGACCGGCCAGCUUUCUGGAGAUAUAGGAUCACUUUCUGAAUUGGAUAAUCUGGAUCUCUCAAACAAUAGGGGCCUCACAGGACCACUUCCACGAGAAAUUGGAAACUUGAAGAAGCUAACGAAACUAACUCUUGUUGGUUGUGGUUUUACUGGUCGUAUUCCAGAUGAAAUAGGAUCUCUGCAACAACUUGAAGUCUUAUCUUUAAACUCCAACAAUUUUGCUGGAUCAAUUCCACCUUCUAUUGGCAAUCUUUCAAAUCUUACUUGGCUAGAUUUAGCUGACAACCAGCUUGAUGGAUCCAUCCCUGUAUCUAGUGGCACUACCCCUGGUCUUGAUAUGUUACACAAUGCAUUGCACUUGUACAUAAUUCUCUUCAGCUUCCAGUUUUUCUUUAUCAAUGAUUUUUCUUUAUGCAAUGAAAGGUGCAUCCAACAUAUUUCUAAUAUUGUCUGCAGUCAUCUCGGGAAGAAUAGGCUUUCAGGACAAAUUCCUCCGAAACUUUUUAGCUCGAAAAUGACUCUGAUACAUGUGAUUUUUCACUGCAAUCUACUAGUUGGCAACAUUCCUGAAACGCUUGGGCUAGUUACGAGUUUGACAGUGGUGCGCUUUGAAAAUAAUUCACUGAAUGGACAACUGCCUCAGAGCUUCAACAACCUUAUCAAUGUCACAGACCUGUUGUUGUCCAACAAUAAGCUGGAAGGUGCCAUGCCAAACCUUACUGGGAUGAACUCCCUGAGAUACUUGGAUCUAAGCAAUAAUAGCUUUGAAAAGUCAAACGUUCCACUUUGGCUUUCGAAUCUGAAGAAUUUAGUAACCUUACAAAUGGAGAAUUUGUACCUAAUUGGAACCAUUCCGAACUUUUUAUUUAGCCUUGCCAAUUUACAGAAUGUUGUGCUGAAAGACAACCACCUUGGUGGAACCUUGGAUAUUGGCACCAACUAUAGCAGACAACUGCGAGUUGUAGAUUUGAGGUCAAAUUCAAUUCAGGAUUAUAAGCAAUCAAAUGAUCCCCCACUUAUCAGGAUAAUGCUCGCACACAACCCGAUUUGCACUGAAAAUGGAGCAGAAACUUUGCAGGAUUACUGUACCAACCUGGAUAUCUUCGACACAAAACAACAAAAUAACUGUCAACAUGGUAGCUGCAGCCCAGAUCAGACUCUCAGCCCCAACUGCAAAUGUGGAUAUCCAUAUACAGGAACAUUGACUUGCAGAGCCCCUUCCUAUUUUGAUUGGAGUAAUACAACAAACCUGGAGGAAAUUCUAAUGAAGGAAUUUCAAUCUCAUCAUCUACCUGUUGAUUCAGUUUCUUUAACCCUUUCAACUAAAGAUCCAUUUCGAGGUUUUGAGUUUAUCAUACAAAUUUUCCCACUAGACCAAAAUCAUUUCAGCCAACAAGAGCAAUCUAGUAUAAGCUUCUUGCUUGGCAACCGAAGUGCAUAUAGUGCAUUUGAUUUUAUUGCAGGAAACCAUGUUGAAGGACCUAAGCAGUCAAGUAAUUCAUCAAGCACUGCAAUAAUUAUUGGAGUAGCAAUUGGAGGUUUUUCUCUUUUGCUAGUGUUAUUAGGCCUGGCAGGUUUUUAUGCUUUCCGCCAAAGGAGAAGGGCAGAAAGAGCAAUAUCUCGAAGCAAUCCUUUUGGAAACUGGGAUCCAAGUAAAAGCAAUUGCGGCACCCCUCAGUUAAAAGCACCAAGGCAGUUCUCUUUUAAGGAAAUUCAGAAAUACACAAACAACUUCUCACAAGCCAAUGAUGUUGGAUCAGGGGGUUAUGGAAAGGUUUACCGGGGAACUCUUCCCACAGGGCAAGUUGUAGCCAUAAAGCGAGCUCAAAAAGAGUCAAAACAGGGAGCGCAAGAAUUCAAAGCCGAAAUUGAACUCCUUUCCCGAGUCCACCACAAAAAUCUGGUUAGCCUUGUGGGAUUCUGCUUUGAACACGAAGAACAAAUGCUGGUUUACGAGUUCGUUCCUAAUGGAACUUUGAAAGAUGCUCUCACUUGGAAACAUAAAAUCGCGAUGAGCUGGAGCAGAAGGCUGAAAGUAGCCCUUGGUGCUGCCAGGGGUUUGGCUUAUCUUCAUGAACAUGCUGAUCCCCCUAUUAUACACAGGGACAUCAAGUCAAACAACAUCUUGCUAGAUGAGAACUAUAAUGCUAAAGUUUCUGAUUUCGGUCUCUCCAAGUCCAUCUUAGAUGAUGAUAAAGAUCAUGUUACCACUCAAGUUAAAGGAACAAUGGUUUGUAUAUGGCUACUUGGAUCCAGAUUAUUAUACUAGUCAGCGGUUGACUGAAAAGAGUGAUGUCUAUAGUUUUGGGGUGCUAAUGCUAGAGCUAAUUACUGCAAAAAGGCCAAUAGAACGAGGGAAAUACAUUGUUAAAGUGGUCAGCAAUACAAUA